UGGUAUCUUCAGCAUACCUAUUCAACUUAAUAUCAACAAAUUACAACACUUGUAGUGCUUAGAGAAAUGAUAUGCCUUAUUCGAGCACACAAUACAAAACAGCUGGAAGGUCAGUGGGCCCAGUUCAGGAGAUUGCUAAUUUUGUGCUAAUUAGUGCAAGAUGUGUUCACAUAAUGCAUAACUAGGUCACAUGGAAUAUACAUAAGAAUGUAUGGUGAUUAAAUCAAACCUUCUCAGCCAUUUCUUGAACACAUUUUUGACCCAUGCUAAUCAUAGUGUCACACGGGAGAAUGAAGACCAGCAAUGAGCACAGUAUUGAGUCAUAUAAUGCAAUGAGCACAGUAUUGAGUCAUAUAAUGCAAUGAGCACAGUAUUGAGUCAUAUAAUGCAUGGCUUUCACCUCAGAGGAGACAGGUGUGUUGUUCAAGCUAGACCUAGAGUAAGAAGCAUAAAAUUAUUAAAUUGUUAUCAUUAUGAAAUCAUUUAAUGUAAUUGGAGGGAUUACCAGAAGCCAGUUCUAGUGCCUAAAGGCAUUCUUUUCACGCCCAUGAAAACAAGGUUUUGAGAGUUGAAUGAUGUGGCCAGGAGUCUGAAUGUUUGUACAGGUGAAAUGGUGAUUACGGAAAUCAAUUCAAACUCACUCAUUAUCCCUUAUUCUUUGUUUUAGGCAAUGGAAUUUAGAGGAUUUGUGCUACAAGUCAGGAGAAAUGGUAACCGAAACCAAUUUUCUUAAUCAGUUUAUCGACAAACUUCACCCCUGCCUCAUCAUCACACCACUGGAUUGCUUCUGGGAAGGAGCGAAGCUGCAGUCGGGCAUGGUGUAUCUCCUCGGGAAGCUGAAACCCAUUCAGUGGACCAACUUCGACCCCAUGGAGUUCCUGGCAGACCUGAAGUCCAUGAACUUUCAAGUGGACACCUGGGAGGAGAUGCUGGCCAAGGCCGGCGUGGGCCGCGGCUACAUGGACCGACCGUGCCUGAACCCCAAAGACCCCGACUGUCCCCCCUCAGCUCCCAACAAGAACGACACACAGGCCCUCAACCUCGACAUUGGCCACAUUCUCGCAGGUGGGUGUCAUGGCAUCUCCAAGAACUACAUGCACUGGCAAGAGGAGCUCAUCGUUGGAGGGACCAUCAAGAACGGAAGUCGAAAGCUUCAAAGUGCCCAAGCCCUGCAGACCAUGUUUCAGCUGAUGACCCCCAAGCAGAUGUACGAACACUUGAAGAACGACCACGACGUCGUGGUCCUGAACUGGAAUGAGGACAAGGCAGCAGCCAUCUUGGAAGCCUGGCAAAGGAGAUACUCUGAGGCUGUGCAACAGAGUGUCCCCGUCAACUCGUCCCAGAAAGUGCUCACGUUCACCACCACCACCCUCGAGGACAUCCUCAAGUCCUUCUCAGAUGUCAGCGUCAUCCGCAUAGCCAGCGGCUACCUGCUCAUGCUGGCCUAUGCCUGUCUGACCAUGCUGCGCUGGGACUGCGCCAAGUCCCAGGGUGCUGUGGGGCUGGCGGGCGUCCUCCUCGUCACCCUGUCAGUGGCAGCAGGACUGGGCCUGUGCUCUCUGAUCGGGAUCUCUUUCAACGCCGCUACCACUCAGGUGUUGCCAUUUCUGGCUCUGGGCGUGGGUGUGGAUGAUGUGUUCCUCCUGGCCCAUGCCUUCAGUGAGACGGGGCAGAAUAAGAGGAUCCCUUUCGAGGACCGCACCGGCGAGUGCCUGAAGAGGACGGGCGCCAGCGUGGCUCUCACCUCCAUCAGCAACGUCACCGCCUUCUUCAUGGCCGCCCUCAUCCCCAUCCCAGCUCUCCGCGCCUUCUCUCUACAGGCUGCGGUGGUGGUGGUGUUUAACUUUGCCAUGGUGCUACUGAUCUUCCCCGCCAUCCUCAGCAUGGACCUGUACCGCCGAGAGGACCGGCGCUUUGACAUCUUCUGCUGCUUCGUCAGUCCGUGUGCCAACCGGGUGAUCCAGAUCGAGCCCCAGGCCUACGUGGACGGCUCGGACGGCAGCCGCUACAGCCCGCCGCCGUGCUCGUUUGGCAGCGUGCCUCCGUCCUACAGCAGCCACGGCUUCUCCCAGCAGACGCAGAUCACCAUGCGCUCCACCGUGCAGCUGCGCACCGAGUACGACCCGCGCACGCAGGCCUACUACACCACGGCCGAGCCACACUCGCAGAUCCACGUGCAGCCCUUCACCCCAGGACCCGCACCCGCACCCCCACCCACCAACACCAACACCAACACCAGCGCCAACCAUAACUACAACAACAGCAGCGCUGCCAACCGGGCAGCCAGCGCCAGCGUCAGCAGCAGCGGCAUCGGCACCAACGUCCCCACCACACCCGGCGGGGCGCCCCCCUCCUCCCACGCCACGCCCUCCCAGCCGCCCUCGUUCCCCUCCACGCCCUGCCAGAGCCCGGCGAACGGCAGCUCCACGCGGGACUUGCUCUCCAACUUCACGGAGGUGGCGGGCAGCAGGGGGCAUGUGCACUCCUGCCCCGAGCCGCCCUGCUGGCGAUGGAGCUUCGCCUCGUUCGCCGAGAGGCACUACGCCCCCUUCCUGCUGCAGCCCACUACUAAGGUGGUGGUGAUCAUCCUGUUCCUGGGCCUGCUGGGCGUGAGCCUGUACGGCACCACGUGUGUCCGCGACGGCCUGGAGCUCACCGACAUCGUGCCGCGCGAGACCAGCGAGUACGACUUCCUGGGCGCGCAGUUCAAGUACUUCUCCUUCUACUACAUGUACGUGGUGACGCAGCGGGCCGACUACGCCCGCUUGCAGGGGCUCCUCUACGAGCUGCAUAGCCGCUUCGAGUCGGUCAAGUACGUGCUGCGCGAGGACGACGGGCGGCUGCCGCGCAUGUGGCUGCACCUGUUCCGUGAUUGGCUGAAAGGUCUACAGCAGGCGUUCGAUCGGGAGUGGGAGUCGGGCCGAAUCACGCGGACAAACUUCAGGAACGGCUCAGACGACGGGAUCCUGGCCUACAAACUGCUGGUGCAGACAGGAAGGAGAGACAAACCCAUCAACUACAACCAGCUGACGCGACAGCGGCUGGUGGACGCAGACGGCAUCAUCAACCCCAACUGCUUCUACAUCUACCUGUCCGCCUGGGUCAGCAACGACCCGGUGGCCUACGCCGCCUCCCAGGCCAACAUCCGCCCGCACCCCCCGGAGUGGCUCCACGACAGGACCGACUCCCUCCCCAACACCCGGCUCAGCAUUCCCGCCGCUGAACCUAUCGAAUACGCACAGUUUCCGUUCUACCUCAACGGCCUCCGAGAGACGGCGCAGUUUGUGGAAGCCAUCGAGAGCGUCCGGGCCAUCUGCAGCAACUACAGCCGCCAGGGGCUCCCCAGCUACCCCAAUGGCUACCCGUUCCUUUUCUGGGAGCAGUACGUCAGCCUGCGCCACUGGCUCCUGCUCUCCAUCAGCGUGGUGCUGGCCUGCGUCUUCCUGGUCUGCGCCGUGUUCCUCCUCAACCCCUGGACCGCCGGCAUCAUUGUCCUCGUACUGGCGCUGAUGACAGUGGAGUUGUUUGGAAUGAUGGGUCUGAUUGGCAUCAAACUCAGUGCUGUUCCCGUGGUGAUCCUCAUCGCCUCCGUCGGCAUCGGGGUGGAGUUCACCGUUCACGUAGCACUGGCCUUCCUCACUGCCAUCGGCGACCGGAACAAGCGAGCCAUCCUGGCCCUGGAGCACAUGUUCGCCCCGGUGCUGGACGGGGCCUUCUCCACUCUGCUGGGCGUCCUCAUGCUGGCCGGCUCCGAGUUCGACUUCAUCGUCAGAUACUUCUUUGCCGUGCUCGCGAUCUUAACCGUGUUGGGGGUCCUGAACGGACUGGUGCUGCUCCCCGUGCUCUUGUCUUAUUUCGGGCCCUACCCAGAGGUGUCGCCCGUGGACGGACGGAGCCAGCUGCCCACCCCCUCACCCGAGCCGCCCCCGCAGGUGGUCCGCUUUGCCGUGCGCCCCCGCCACACCACCACCACGGGCACCGGCUCAGACUCGUCGGACUCCGAGUACGGCUCUAACACCACCGUGUCCGGCAUCAGCCAGGAGCUGCAGCAGUAUGACCUCCGGCCCAGCAGGGGGAAGCCUUCCGCCCGGCCGGAGGAGGUGCGGCUAGGCCCACUGGGCCGCCAGUCUACACAUCAGGUGGACUUGCCUGCCUACCCAGUGCCCUCGGCGUUGCACUCUGACCCGCGGCAGCCUCAGCCCUACCGCUCCGGCCACGCGCCCCACCCUCAGGAAGCCGCCGCGCCGCCUCACCUCGCCCGCCGCUACAGCAGCAAAGACCCCAAGAGGGACCAGAGCGCCGGCCACCAGCACCAGCAGUACCGCCGCCAGCCAGCACCUCCGCCCCCCUCGCAGCCCCAGCCCCAGCCCCAACCCCAACCCCCGCCCCCCCACCGGCCGCGCAUGGACGCUUUCGAAACCGCUACUGACCCCCACGCCGGGAGCCGCUACCCCGAAGGCCCCACGGGCCACAGCAGGGAGCGCUCGGCAGGGCAGCAGCACCACCGCUCGCGGGCGCACCACCAACACCACCCGCACCCCUCGUCCAACCCGGCCUACGGCCAGCCCAUCACCACGGUGACGGCCUCGGCGUCGGUCACCGUGGCCGUGCACAGCCCCAGCUACCCCCAGCCCUUCACCCUGCCCGACAGCUACCCCCGUCAGCCCUUCCAGGAGACGUACUCGGACAGCAGCAGCAGUGGCGGCAGCCCGUCAUUCCAGGAUCCACACGUGCCCUCGCGAGACUCCGUCAGGCACCGCAGGUCCCACCUAGAGGGCAUGGAGCUUCAGGACAUGGAGUAUGACGCCCCCAGUGGCCGGCAUCGGGACGCCUCCAGCUGAGGGUUAGAGAAGACCAAGCACAAUGGCCAAAGAUGGGACCUACCCUUCUGCUCCUGAGUCUUCAGGGUAGGGGCUGGGGAGGGGAAGACUUGGACCAGCAGCACUUCCUUGGUGCUUCACCCUUACUGUAUAACAUAGUGUACAAUUAUGUUUUUUUUUUUUGUUAGAUAUUUCUAUAAGUAUUUAAAGAAUGUGUACACACAUGUAAAUACAUAAAAAAACAAAAGUAGCUAUUAUUGUUUGUUUAUUUGUUUGUUGUCGGGGGUGUUUUCAGACACCUCGUUUCCGAGUUUGUUUUCAAAACGGUCUGGAGGACAUCAGGGGCGGCGUUCGUAUGUGUGAUCCUGUCGUUACUGUUCACUCGUCUUGUGUAUCUGUGCCAUGAGGAAGCUUCACCCUAGACGGACAACUUCAGCAGAAAACAGUUGCUGCUUAAUAACAUUGUAUAAUGUACAUGUAUAAUUCUAUGCAAUUAUUUUCAUUUGUAAUAUAGAAGUGUGUGCGUGUGUGUGUGUGUAUGUAUGUGCAGGUGUGUUUGUGUGGGUUAUGAUUGUGUUUGGAGCCUGAACAAGUGUGUCUUUCCUGAGGUCACUCUUUACUCUACUAGGCAGUCUUACGUAGAAAACAUUACAGAGUUAAAACAAAAUGCUAGCAAUGAUGGUGAGCUAAUAUCAUUUUUUUUUAUUUUGGCCAUACAAAGUUCAACUUUAGCUUGAUUGACAUAUAGUUUUAUUUUGACCAUGCUAUGUUCAACUUUAGCUUGAUGGACAUAUAGUUUGUAAAAGACAACAUUCAGCAGUCCCCUGGUGCCAUCUGUAGGGGGCGCUCUUCAGAAAACACAUUUCCAUUUUCCUCUGUGAACCUGGUCCUUCACUAUUUACCUCUGCAAUGGGACUCAGGUAAACUCAGACUGAGCAUAGCCUUCUUAUUAAGGUGCGUAUUAAGUCAUUCACAGUACAAGAUACAGAUACAUCGACACGAGUUGUAGGUUAUUUGUAAUGUCAGGUGUUAGUCAGUGCAGUAGGAGAGGACACAGCCCUCUUCUCUGGUAUAGUAACGAGAAGUACUGAGGAGAACAUUUGAUUGAAUGCAGCCAUACUGCCCUCUGUCCCUCUUACAGCAGUCUGAGGACUAGCCGUAGGUAGAAAGGAUUGAGGUCGACUGUACUGCAUGUUGAGAGGAUCCUCCAGGGUUAAAUGGUAGACAUAAUUGAGUGAAGCAUUUCAUAUUUCACUAAGUGAUUUAUUCACGGUAUUUUUUGCUCUUAUAGUGGUGGUACUAUGAAAAAGUUCUGUUAAGCUAUUCUUCAAAUUUGUAUGGCCUGAUGUUGAAUAAUAAUGGUGCUUGUGUGUGGUCAUAGUUUAAACAAGAGAGACUCUUCAAAAAGGCCUGCACUGCGUGUGUUUGUGUAUGUGAUUGUGUGUGUGUGUGUGUGUGUGUGUGUGUGUGUGUGUGUGUGUGUGUGUGUGUGAACAAUAGUGUGUGCGUGUGUUUGUGUGUAUGCCUGUGUGCACAUUUGAAGGUGCACAAAUGUGUCUGUUAAAAUGUUUUAUCACAAAUCUGUGGUAGUAUAAAAAAAUAAUUUACUGUUAAACUUUGAAACACGCUAUGCGUGGAAAUUAUGACGAGUCAUACAUAGAAAAAUAUGUUUGGUUUGUUUGUCGUUUGCUUGUUGUUUUUCCUUUCGUUUUCGGUUUGGUUUGGUUUGCCUUUCGUGACAACCGUAGCUCUGUAGUUAGGCCAUUUCCCUCAGAAAUUUGCUCUGAAUCUAUCUGCUCACAUUUGGGGCAUCUUUCACUGUAUCAGGCCAUUUAGUGUCGACCCUUGCUUCACAUGUAUGGACUCAUCAAAGGUGGAGAGGGUGAAAGACUACACACUACACAACUGUACUCUGUGCCGUCAUAUACCUGUUUUGGAAUAUUGACCAGUAUUGUAUAGCUACAUAUUCUGUGCAAUACAUCUUCUUUUUUUUUUUUUUGGUUUGUCAUUACUCAGAUUUUGAUCAAGGUGUAAGCUGAAACUAUACCUACGGUAAUAAUAUCUGAAUCAACCAGGAACUCAAUAAGCGAAAGCGAACUAGCCGAUAAGCUCACUGUGUGUUUUAAGUCUAUAAGCUACACAACUGGCAUUGCAAAGGUUGUGCACUAAAUGGCCUAUCUGACCUCUUCAAUGACAAGAACCACAACUGCUGGCCCCCGGUUUAAGCACACGAAAGUCUCACUUGACCUCACCUCAUAAAACGUCCACCGUGUACGAACACAGCACUAAUUGGAAGUCCACCACCUCCCCUUACACCGUCGGGAGGCAAAUGGUGUUUGUAAAAGCUUGUGGGGUCAGGUUUUUAGUCGUUCAUUUUCUGCCAGUUUGCUUCAGUCACUCUUUCAUCCUUUUCCGUCCCCUCAGUUUGUCCUGUCAUAAAACAAAAAGUAGACUUCUGUUCCUGUAGUGGUCUCCGUGUUGUGUUGCAUAUAUAACUUCUGUGUAUCGUCCUCUCGUCUUGUCAGUAAUUUGCGUGACCAUAUCUUUUUAGACCACAUCUUUCUUUUUCUUAUUCUUCCUGAUGUAACAUUGGCAGAGAAUGGACCCAAAACAUGGCUGGCAACUAUUGUAUUUUGAAAUAUUUUAUUAUUUUUUUACAUUUGGUUUUGCAAUAUUUAUAUUUUUGUAUUAUACUUUUUUUUUUGGUUGUGUGUUGAUUUUUUUUUCCAGUUAUGGUCAAAAUGCCAGUUGGUGACAAAUGCAGGGAUUUUUAUGUUGAAAAACACUAUUACAGUUUUUGUUUUUACAUUAAUGGAUUGUUGAUCUGUAUAAAGUGCUUACUAAUGUUAAAUAGGACAAAAGAGUAUAUAACACUUUACAUCAUCGAUUUGUCAUAGCUCUUAGAGGACUUUUAAUCAAUGGUUUUGCAGACGGCCAUUUUCCUCACUCGGAGUGGAUGUAUGUUGUUUCAGUUACAAAGAUAAAUGUAUGCCAUAUAAUUUAUUUAUAUGAAAAUUUAUUUUUGUAGUGUACAUAGUAGUUGUCAAGUUAUUUGACAAAAGUAUAUUUUUAAAGAGUUUAUAUGUAAUGCUACCAAUUUUGUGGAAAUAUAACAAGAGAAAAUACAUUAAGGUACAGGCACACUUUCAUUGCUAACUUGUUCUCAGACAAACUAAGGUCCCCCACAGUAUUACUAUAGGAGAGUGUGAUGCUCUUGCAGCUGGUUUUUUGGUUUGUGAAAGGCUAGCCAUGAAAGUAGAGAAAUCGUACUAGCUCUCUUAAUAAUAAUGUUCAAACACUGAUAGAAUUCUAACAAAUAAAAGAACACUAUAACUUAUUUGUCUCUUUGUCUAUAACUUUAAUAAAUAAAUUUAAAGAAAAAAAAAA